AUGGACAAUUCGACUGAACGAUCACCCCCCCUUGAUUCCCACCUCCCUACAGCCGACCUGUCAGAGACCUCAGAGAAGGAUGCUGCAAAUGGCUUCCAGCCGGGGAGUGACCCAGAAGCACCACCAUCAAACCAAGUGGGAUCCGAUCAGAUUGACACAAUGAUGGAAAAGAAAGGCACCAAACCUGAUCCCGCAGAUUUCCCUGACGGGGGCUUUGAAGCUUGGCUGGUCGUGGCGGGAGGAUUCUUUGCGACGUUCUGCAGCUUUGGAUGGAUUAACUGUAUCGGUGUCUUCCAAAAUUAUUAUUCACAACAUCAGUUGAAAGAGUACUCCUCCAGUACCAUUGCUUGGAUCCCGUCGACCGAGUCGUUCAUGUUGUUUUUCCCGGGUUAUAUCGCCGGAAGAAUGACGGACGAACUUGGACCACGGAUUCCACUCUUACUGGGCUCCUUCCUCCACGUCUUUGGGCUGAUGAUGACUUCGAUUUCGAAGGAAUAUUACCAGUUCUUCCUCGCACAAGCGGUCUGCAGUGGACUGGGGUGCAGCUUUCUCUUCUACCCAAUCAUUGCGGCCUGCGGCAGCUGGUUUCGCGUACAUCGUGCACUGGCCUUCGGCAUCAUGGUUUCUGGGUCGAGCAUCGGUGGCGUCGUGCUUCCCAUCAUGGUCCAACGCCUGAUUCCUCAAAUCGGCUUCGGGUGGGCGAUGCGAGCCGUGGCGUUCAUGUUCCUGGGUUUGCUGGUCAUAGUCAAUCUCACGGUCAAAUCUCGCCUGCCGCCGGCCCAUCGACCUUUUGAUUUCAUGGCGAUGGUGAAGCCGUUCAGCGAAACGCCGUUUCUCCUGCUCGCGCUCGCCGGCUUCUUCACCUAUGUCGGCGGAUUCCUCCCUUUCAACUUUCUCAUUGUCCAAGGAGAGGAUUCGGGCAUGUCGGCAGAUCUGGCCAGCUACUUGAUUCCAAUCAUGAACGCGGCGUCGACCUUUGGCCGUAUUCUGCCGGCUCAUGCCGGCGAUCUCUUCGGUGUCUUUAACGUCAUGAUUGUCUUCUCGGCAUUUGGGGGCAUCAUGACUCUCGCCCUCUGGUUGCCGGCGGCUGCUAAUGCUCCCAUCAUCGUCUAUGCCAUCAUGUAUGGAUUCGCCUCGGGCUGCACCUUGUCAAUCAUUCCAGCCAUGGUAGCCAGGCUCGGGCACAUCAGCCAGCUGGGCGCUCGAAGUGGUGCCUUGUAUGCCCUCGCGUCGAUCGGUGUCCUGGUUGGAAGCCCCAUUGGAGGAGCGAUCCAGAACACUCAGCAUGGCGCAUACUCGGGCCUCAUCAUUUUUGCGGGUGUUGCAUUAUUGAUUGGGACUUUUUUCACUGUUCUCUCAAGAACCGCCCAGGUUGGUUUCAAUAUCAAGGCCAAGGUCUAG